UCACAGUAAGAGAUGUUUGAAUGAUCACAGUAUAGAAGAUAUUCACCUGGAUCAGACGAUGAAGAUCAUCCAGCUUCAGAUCUAUCUGUUCAUGUGGUCUCAAGCCACAGAGAGUCUAACAAACACAGCAGUAACUUUAGGAGCUGAUGUGAUUAUAAGCUGUGAUCUUGAUAUAGAGGAGAUUUACUGGUACAAACAGAAAUCACCGGAUCCUCCGGAGUUCAUCUUACGCACUUUUGAUAGCACAUAUGAAGGAGCUGAAUAUGAAAACAGCAUCUUCAAACUCAAAUACUCAGUGAAAACUAACAGUCAUCUGUUCAUCAGAAAUAUCACCGCUGAUGAAUUAGGAGUUUAUUAUUGUGUCAAAACUAGUGAACCACUUAAAUUCAGCAACGGCACCAAAAUCUACAACACCGAUUUUGUCCACAAGAAUCAGACAGAUUUAGUUCCCCGAGACCAGAAACCGUGGCUGAUUGUUACCAUUAUCACAUCUGUCCUGAGUGUUUUUGUGAUCUUUGCAGUAAUAGGUUUGAUAAAGAGCUGUGCAAACUCCACUAAAGCAUGUGAAGAAAAGACCAAUAGAGACAUGAAUGAGCCACAGUUUGCUGAAGUGGUUCUGUUGAAGCAUUUCAGUGGCAGCAGCUCUUGUCUCACCGUGUGCAGCUUCUCUCUUCUACAGUCAGUAACAGAUGAAAAAGGUUCAGAAGAGACAGAAAAGUGUUAUUAAAUGCCAUUUCAUUUGUGUUUUGAAAACCUGAUGCUGUGAAUACAUUUUCUUUGUAAAAUAAAUUGGGACUUCUGUUGAGCAGCCACUGGAGGUCACUGUUUUUUGAUUUUUCACUCAACAAGAACAAAUAAAGUCAAAGUUAAAAUGAGACUCAAGACUGAUGAACAUUUAUAAAAAACACUAUAUUCAAUAAAGAUGUGAGAUGUGAAUAACAACAGGAAGAAAAUUAUAUCAAAGUAAUAAAACUGGUCCGUUACUCAUGCAGGCCGUUUCCAAAGAAACAACUACAAUCAAAUAUUUACAUGCUAUGUGCAAAUCCUGACUGAAUCAACUGCGCAUCGAUAUGAAUGAAAGAUCAUUUAUCAUUGAAUGUUACUGAUGCUUUAUGUUUGAUUGAGUUCAUAUAGUCAUAAACUCAAGUGUCAAGUCAAUAACAGUGGAAAAGUUCAGUAGUCAAGACUUACAUAUUUGCUCAUAUAGAAACAGACUUCAUAAUCAAUUUCUUAUCUAUUUUAAUUGGAGUAAAUCCUACUGAUAUCACUGUAAAACAAUGACUGACUGUAGUUCUUGACAUUAAACAAUGUAAUGCACAUGAUAUUUUUCGAACAUGUUUUAUAGUCACACAUAACAGCUGUUGGCUUGACAAAUAAUUUUAUGCAGCUCGAAAAAUCCCCGUCAGCAAACUGAAAACAAUAUUGAGAAAACAAUAUCAGCAUUUCAUCUGCAGCUGAAACAAAAUGAAUCCUAAUUAAAGGCUCUUGUAGUUUGAUGGAAUAAUAGUUCAUCAGGAAUCAGACAUGAUUAAUGAAUGAUAUUAAUGAUGAUUUCAUAUCACGUACCUGAGGGCUUUUUCAGGUUUGAUAAAGAGCUGCACAAACUCAAGCAGAGGAUGUAAAGAAAGUAUCAGGAGAGACGU